GGCCCAAAGAAUGGACGAUCAAAUAUUUGUAACGACUCCUUGAAAACAAAUUAUUGAUUUAAUACAAAGCGGCACACGAUUAGGGUUUUUGGAUUUCUGCAAAUUUUGUUCAAAAUGCAUUUGACGCUCGAGUUUGGUGGAGGCUUAGAACUUCUAUGUGAGUCUGUUAAAGUUCAUAAUGUCAAUGUUGAUAUGCCAAAAGGAGCAGAUAAGCUAACCAUGAAGGAUUUACUAGCUUGGGUUCGUACCAAUUUGAUCAAAGAGAGACCUGAAAUGUUCAUAAAAGGGGAGUCUGUGAGACCCGGUGUUCUCGUCCUUGUUAACGACUGCGAUUGGGAGUUGAGCGGUCAGCUCGAUACAACCUUGGAAGAGAAGGAUGUGGUAGUUUUCAUUUCAACUUUGCAUGGUGGAUAGAUGGUAUGAACAUCUAGGUUUUACAUAGAAAUUGCAAUGAAAUUUGUACUGUUUCACGAAGAGUGUAUCCAUUUUUUUCCAGAAGUGUUUUCACCUUUGAACUUCAUUAUUGAAGGUCUUAUAUGAAAUUGCAAUGAAAAUUUGUACCGUUUCAUGUU